AUGGAUCGGAUGCGGACGCGGGCACUGAGGGCGCGCGAGCCUGUGUUUGCGGCAUCGCCGCUCGGCCCCGUUCCAGACGGGUUCUUGGAGGAGAUCUUGGGCGACGCGGGACGGGUGGGCAUGGGUGUGCUGGAGGAAGCAAUGGACAUCUCGCCGUAGAUGUCCAUCGAGGAACAUGUGUGUAUGUAUGGGAGUCGGGAACGGUUUGGAUUUCCUGUUUUUCUUUUUUUUUUUCUAUGACCUUUUCUUUUCUUUUCUGCCUCCCCUCGAUAUUGCCAUCUCUUUUUUGAUUUUUUUUCGCCUCGUCUCGUUCUGUUUAUGGGUACACACCCCACCACCACACUGCUAUACGAUAUGUUAUGAUUCACCGAAAUUUAUGGACCCGCCAAUGCGCA